ACAAUAUUAGGGAUAAUGAGUAAAUACAAAGAAAUUGUUCUUCUAAAAGGAUUAGAGCGUAUGGAAGACUACGACUUUAGGAUAAUUAAGUCCUUACUAAGAAAAGAACUAUGCCUGUCUGAAAGGAUACAGAAGGAUUAUGACAGAAUUCAUAUUGCUGACCUGAUGGAGGAUAAAUUCCCAAAAGAUGCUGGACUCAGCAAACUGAUAGGAUUUUGUGAAGAAAAUAAAGAUCUUAAAUACCUUGUUGAAGAACUUAAAGCAGAGAAGGCAAAAGUUGAAAAACCAAAGAAGAGAAAGAACAAAACUGCAGUGGAAGGAAAGCAAGGGGAGCCCAGCAGUUCCCAGGCUCUUUCCUCCAACAAUGCACCCUCUUCAGAGGAAAAACAAACUGUGAAAACUGAAAGUGGCAAAAAAAAGGAAGCUUACCCAGGAACAGACUCAGCUUCUAGAACCUUCAGGAAGCAACACAAACAGAAAACCACGAACACCAAAAAACAGAGUACUCUAAAGACAGACGAUUCCCAGCAAAAACACCAGCUUCUAGGAUUGUCAGCAACCAGCAACUCCUCAGCUGCAUGGGAAUGCCAGACUCUUCAGGGGCCCACGGCAACAGCUUCUAGCAGCCUCCACACUCCUCAGACACCUCCAGAAACAUGCGACUCUUUGAAAACAUCUCAAGGCUCUCCAGCACCACCCUGCCAAAGUUUUCCAGUAUCUCCAGUAUCAGACUCUAGCAUCCAUCUGAACUCUUCUAUGACUCUAACACUAUCCAAUGUUGUCCAAACUCUUUAUGUACCUUCAGCAGCAGCCUCCAGUAAGGUCUGGGUCCCUACUGUGCCUUCAGAAACAGUGUCCAGUUCUCUCAGUGCUCCACAGAUGUCUCCAGUAUCAGUGUCCAUCGGUGCCCAGAACCUUCACCUACCUACAACAGCAGCAUUCAAUAGCAUGCAGACUCUUCACCAUCCUCAAACAGUAGCAUCCAGAAGUGCCCAAACCCCUAGAGUACCUGCAACAUUAAAAAGCAAAGUCCAGGUCAUAAAGACGCCUCCAUCAACAGGAUCCAGCAGUGUUCAGGUGCCUCCAGCAACAGGAUCCAGCGGUGUUCAGGGGAGUAGUGGAAAAAUACCAACACGUGUGAGCUUUCUAGCUCACCUGGUGGUGCAGCGCCAUCUAUGGUGGAGAGUGUGGUUGCGGCCUUCUACACAGGUGCCUCCAGCAAAACGAUCCAGCAGUGUUCAGGGGCGCCAUGCUCUUCCGGGAGCAGUGUCCAGAAAUGUCUGCACCACUCAGGGGCCUCAAAGAACAACAUGCAGUAGCAUUCAGACUCUUAACCCUGCUAGAGUCAAUGUACCUGGGAAUGCUCAGGUCCCAGGUCCCUUAGCAACCGUACCUGUUUAUUUCCUGACUUCUUUGCCAUCUCCAGCAACAGCUUCUACUAGUCUCCAGAUUCUUCCACUAACAACAUCCAACAGCCUUCCAGAUCCUCGGGUGCCUAGGUCAAUCGCUACAAGUAGAGUCCAGACCACUCAAAUGCAUCCAGCAGCAGCAUCCAGCUUCACCCAGGCUCCUCAUGCUCCUCCACUGACCAUGUCCGGAAUGGUGUGCGCCAUUCAAAAACAUCAAGGAGUAGCAUCCAAUACUGGUCAGGCUCUUCCCUGUCCUAAAGUAAAAGCACCUAGGUGUGCCCUGGCUCCUCAGAUGCCGUCAGCAACAACAUCUGAAAGUCUCAUAGCUCCAAGUACAUCUCCACCAACAGCAUCCAAAAGUCUCCUGGCUCCAGUGGGGUCUCCAGCAACUACAAGCAGCAGCCCAUGCGUGACACCAAGGAAGGGAAACAUACCCAAGGACCCUGCUAAAGAAGAAGGUCACCAUAGAGAUGCAAAAGAAGUGAUGGUUUUGAAAGUAACAGAACCAUUUACUUAUGAUUUGAAUGAUGGCAAAAUGAUGUUCCAUGCCACUGUGGCAACUGAGAAUGAAUUCUUCAGAGUGAAGAUUUUUGACCCAGUUCUAAAGAACAAGUUCAUUCCAAAUAAGAUCAUUGCCAUAUCAAAUUAUUUUGGCUUAAAUGGGUUUCUGGAGAUAUACCAAGCUUCCUGUGUGUCUGAUGUAGAAAAGAACAGAAUGAUGGAUAUCCCAAAAACACUGAAGCGAAGAGCUAAUGCAACUCCUAAAAUUAAAGAUCUUAUCUCACAGGCACAGGGGACAUAUGUGAAUGGAGAGUUUGUGGUAUAUGAGAAAACAGAGAGGAAUUCCUUCAUUUACUAUGGAAUUGAAGAUGAUACAGGGACAAUGGAAGUGGUGGUCUAUGGAAGACUGACCAGUAUAAAGUGUGAGCCAGACCAAAAACUUCGACUCAUCUGUUUUGAAUUGUCCUCAAGCGAAGAUAAACCACAGCUGAAGUCUGUAAGACACAGUAACAUGCAGGUUGUCAAUAUCAGAAAGAAACUCCCUCAAGCCUGAUUCAGAUCAGAAAACCUGGAUGCCAAGGAUACUGUUUAUGGAGAUAAGAUCCAAGUCCUGAAAAUACGUGUAUAUAUGAACUGUUGCAAUACCAUACCUAUGAAAGCCAGCUCUUUUUGUUUUGAUUUUUCAAGACAGUAUCUCUCUGUUUAGUCAUUGUGGUCCUGGAAAUCACUUUGUAGACCAUGCUGGCCAUGAACUCAGAGAGCUACCUGCCUCAGCCUCCUGAGUUCCAGGAUUAAAGGCCUGCACCUCCACCACCAGACCUGCUCUUAAUUCUAGGAAAUAGU